AUGGACCUCAGCAGCAUGCCGCAAACCUUCAAAGAUGCCGUCGCCGUGACACGAUAUCUUGGCAUGCGAUACAUCUGGAUCGACUCUCUCUGCAUCGUGCAAGACGACGUUCUGGAUUGGGAGUACGAAGCCGCCAGGAUGGCUGACGUCUACGGCUUCGCCUAUCUGGUUCUGGGCGCAUCGUCUGCGUCUGACGGUACAAAGGGCUUCCUGGGCCGCCGCCAUUACUCCGGGUGCAGCGUGACGGUCCCCUGCUCAGCGAGCCCGCGCAAAUUCAGCAAAAUCCACUAUCGACCGGUGUUGAACCACAGGAAGGCGCUGUUCUCCGCAAACUUUGAUGGUCCAUUGUCAGAGCGCGGAUGGGCUUUCCAAGAGAGGGCUCUUGCUAAGCGCUUCGUUUCAUUCGGCGAGUUCGAGCUCCAGUGGGCUUGUCGCUCACUUGAAGACUGCGAAUGCGACGAAUUCGACCUCAGGAAAUCCCAGGAUUGUGGAGAAAAGAACUAG